CUGCUGUUGACAAGGUAACCACAUCAACAAAAAUAACGUUCCUGACGCCUCAGUUAUUUAGACUAUUCUUUAUUUCUCUCUUUAGUUGCUUUUGUUCUAGAAACUGCGGCUGAAAAAGGAUGAAAAAACGAACGGAAAAGCUCACCAAAGAGAAAGGAGACUCUGGAGUUGAGGACGACGCUGUAAAGAGUGCAGGGCUGAACAUACAGGACAAAUUCCCAGUCCAAACCACAGAUGACUACCAGUGCUCCGGCAAUUUGGAGAUGGACUUCCCAGAGCUGUGUGCGUUAGCUGGCAUGAAUGAAACCCCCCUCGUGAAGCUGAGACAGCUGACAGCAGCGUCCCCUUCUACAGACAGCGGAGCAAUGGAGGACAGUCAAACCCAAAUCUCGCCCAGAAGCCCUGUCACAACUUGGUGUCCUAAACCCUGCAUUCAAGUAGAGAUGGAGAAUGGGGACUCUCAGAGUGCAAAGAAAAUCAUCAUAUCUGGUUGGCAGGUGGAUGAGGUGAUGGCUCAAGUGCUGAGUAAGAUAUUACCGUCACUGAGCAAUUUACAGAGUCUAAAGAUGUGGCAGGCCAGACUGACUGAUCGCAUUUUGAUCUCCUUGAAGAACACAAUUUCUAUGUGCUCAAACCUCAGGACAGUCAUUUUGGAGGGAAACCCAAUUCCAGAGCAAAGUUAUCAUAUUCUCAUUGGAGAGGACAGUAUGAUAACGCACCUGUCAUUGCGGAACAACUGUAUAGGAGAGGAGGGAGCACAUUUGAUUGGCUCAGCACUCUCCACAGCACAUUCUACCAACAAGAACCUCCUAACACUCAACAUGGCCUUCAACUCUAUUGGUGAUGGAGGUGCCAUUCAUAUUGCACAGGGGUUGCGUCUCAACCGCUCUUUGUUGUGUCUCUCCCUGGCCAACAAUCAUAUUACAGAUGCUGGGGCGAUCUGUUUAGCUGAGGUGAUUGGCCCCUUUGCUCUGACGCACGAAGAGAUUGUUGAGAGAAGGAGGCAGUUGAUGAAGAGGGACCAAUCGCCAUCUCAGUUAGGCAUUGCAGACUCUAAAUGUGAGCGCCCUCUCUCCAUCCCUAGCAGCUCAUCACUGGAACAAUGCAGUAAAGGAACCAAGAGUGCCUCUAAAAAAAAGGAUGCUCCCAAGAAGGAAGAGAAGCCAGCAGCGCUUCAGACAGCAUCCACUGCAGGAAAAAAAGAAGUGACCAAGAAAGACACUAAGGUGCCACGUGGUCAAGGAGGAAAGUCAGAAGGGAAAGACAAGCGUCUACCAGCAUCAGAACAAGAGGAAAAGAGCAGCUUUGUACAGAAGACAGGAGAGGUGGUCGAGGCACUGAGCCCUUUGCUGGAUCCUGGCAUACGGCACAUCGAUGGAAAAGUCAUUCAGCCAGGAAACACAGCACUUGUCUCUCUGAACCUGUCAGGUAAUAAACUGACAGAACAGUCACUUCAGAAGUUCUUGGCAUCUGUGGUUGGCCAAGGUGAAGGAGGUCUCCUGCGUCUUUCUCUCAAUAGGAACUGCUUCCCCCCAGACUGUGAGACCUUCCUGAGGAUUCAGGAAAUUAUGUCACUUAAGGAUCCUCUAAACAGAAUUAGCCCCUGUCAGGUGGAUGAUGAGCAGAGACAGGUAGCUUAGCAUAGCAGAAAAUAUGACUUCAUUCCAGUGUUUUUAGUUUUUUUUUCUCGUUAUUUUCAUUGGUCUCAGUCAUAAAUUAUCAAGAUAAACAUUUCAAGAGAUAAUAAAAACCUCAUUGACC